CCCGAGCGGCGGCGGUAAGAUGGCGGCGGCGGCGGAGCGUGGGGGCAGCCCCUCGCUGUCGGCCGGGGAGGAGGAGCCGCCGCUGGGGCUCGACUCGCUGGUCGAGGAGGCGGCGGCCGCAGCUCCGAGCGCCGGGUUCCGGCUGACGGCGGUGCGGCGGGAGCCCGCGGUGCGGCUGCAGCAUGGCGUCAGCGGGCUGGAGCCGCUGGCCUGGUCGGAGGACCACCGUGUGUCGGUGAGCACGGCCCGCAGCAUCGCCGUGCUGGAGCAGCUCAGCGACGUCCACAGCGGCGGGCAGGAGAUGGUCAUCCACCGCACGGCCGUGCCCGCGCCCUCCGCCGCCUGUCUGCUCAAGGUUGGUCCAAAGAAGGAGGUAGCCGAAUGCAAGGAAAAGUUUGCAAAUUCAGUGGAUCCAACUGUUAGUCAAACUUUUAUGCUGGAUCGAGUAUUCAAUCCCGAGGGGAAGUCUUUGCCACCCAUGCGAGGAUUCAAGUACUCCAGCUGGUCACCGCUGGGCUGUGACGCCAACGGGAGGUGCCUGCUUGCAGCUUUAACCAUGGACAAUCGACUGACCAUCCACGCAAACCUCAACAGGCUGCAGUGGGUGCAGCUGGUGGACCUGACGGAAAUCUAUGGGGAGCGUUUGUAUGAAGCAGCUUACAAACUUUCCAAGGCUGACACUCCCAGGGGGGAGUUAGGAGACUUCCCUGAAUUUCAGCGGCGGCACAGCAUGCAGACUCCAGUGCGCAUGGAGUGGUCGGGCAUCUGCACCACUCAGCAGGUCAAGCACAACAACGAAUGCCGGGAUGUCGGCAGUGUGCUCUUAGCAGUACUGUUUGAAAAUAGCAACAUUGCAGUUUGGCAAUUUCAGCUUCCAUUUCUGGGUAAGGAAUCAAUUACUUCUUGCAAUACGAUAGAGUCUGGAAUCUGUUCCCCAAGUGUGUUGUCUUGGUGGGAAUAUGAACAUAACAACCGAAAGAUGAGCGGACUUAUUGUAGGGAGUGCUUUUGGACCGGUUAAGAUCCUUCCUGUCAAUUUAAAAGCAGUCAAAGGCUACUUUACACUGAGACAACCCGUAGUCUUAUGGCAAGAAAUGGACCAGUUACCAGUGCAUAGUAUCAAAUGUAUUCCUCUCUACCACCCAUACCAGAAAUGUAGUUGUAGCUUAGUGGUGGCCGCAAGAGGAGCUUAUGUGUUUUGGUGUCUCCUGUUGAUAUCCAAAGCAGGUCUGAAUGUCCAUAAUUCCCAUGUGACAGGGCUUCAUUCUUUGCCAAUUGUGUCCAUGACUGCAGACAAACAGAAUGGCACAGUGUAUACGUGCUCCAGUGAUGGAAAGGUAAGGCAGCUCAUUCCUAUAUUCACAGAUGUUGCUUUAAAGUUUGAGCACCAGCUGAUUAAGCUCUCGGAAGUGUUUGGCUCUGUCAGGACUCAUGGAAUAGCUGUUAGCCCGUGUGGGGCAUACUUGGCAGUUAUUACAACAGAGGGCAUGACUAAUGGUCUGCACCCAGUUAACAAAAACUACCGAGUCCAGUUUGUCACCCUUAAGACUUUUGAGGAGGCAGCUGCACAGCUCUUGGAAUCUUCUGUUCAGAACCUUUUCCGGCAAGUGGACUUGACAGACCUUGUACGCUGGAAAAUCUUGAAGGAUAAGCAUAUUCCUCAAUUCUUACAGGAAGCACUGGAUAAAAAGAUUGAGAGCUGUGGUUCCACCUACUUCUGGCGGCUAAAGCUAUUUCUCCUAAGGAUUUUGUACCAGUCAAUGCAGAAAGCUCCCUCAGAGGUCAUGUGGAGACCUUCACACGAGGACACAAAAAUCUUGAUAUCUGAUUCCCCUGGGAUGGGCAGCACUGAGGAUGAUCAGGAGGAAGGAACUUCCAAACAAGCCAGCAGGCAGAGCCUGUGUGGCACUGGCAAAGGUAUGGACAUAGAUGACACUGCAGAUGAUUCUCUUCCUCAGUCAAGUGACAUAGGAGGCCGUGAGCCAAUGGAAGAAAAGCUUCUUGAAAUACAGGCACAGAUUGAGGCAGUAGAAAUGCACUUGACACGAGAACACAUGAAACGGGUGUUGGGAGAAGUGUAUCUACACACAUGGAUUACAGAAAACACCAGUAUUCCCACCAGAGGAGUCUGUGACUUCUUAAUGUCCGAUGCUGGCUAUGAUGACAGAACAGCACGAGUGCUGAUCGGCCAUAUCUUAAAGAAAAUGAACAAACAGACUUUUCCAGAGCACUGCAGCUUGUGUAAAGAGAUCCUGCCAUUCACCGAUCGCAAACAGGCAGUCUGCUCCAAUGGACAUAUUUGGCUCAGGUGCUUUCUAACUUACCAAUCCUGCCAGAGUUUGGUGUACAGGAGGUGUUUACUUCACGACAGCAUUGCACGGCAUCCAACCCCAGAAGAUCCUGAAUGGAUCAAGAGGUUACUGCAAGGACCUUGCACGUUCUGUGAUUCUCCUGUUUUCUAGAGAAAAGCUAUGUAAAGAUUGAAAGUACUUUCUCUACUGCAUAAGCUCCCUUCAGUCUCAAAGGAUAUAGAGCACAGGAAUCAGACUUUACUGGAGGGGAAGGACAUUGUCCAUAGCCUUGUAAAUAGAACAUCACUAGUUCUAGAAACUUCUUGAGUCCAGAGCCCAUUCCAUGCUCCAGAAACAGGAAUACAUCUGAAAGAGCAAGUUUAUGAAGUGGUUUGGAAAUGCACUCCCCCACUGAAGCGUCAGCAGUUGGACAUGCUUCCUUUUGCUGAAAAGGAACCGAAGUCAAGCACGCAGCAUGAACUGUCCUUUCUGCCUCACAACAGUGUGACUUCCCAAAAGCCAGGACGGGAACAGCGGAGCUGCCUCUAGAAUGCUCUUGGUGGGUAGAGAAGGCUUCAGCUUGUAGUGCUCUCACUUGCUUUUUAGCAAGGACUAGCUCUUGCUGCAGAAUAUUAAACUAUAAAAAUAAUUUGUGGUUCUAAUUUCUUGCAGAGUGAAGCGUAUGCCCGUUACAGCCAUAUGAAAUAAAUUGGCCGUUACAUUAGUUUUACUUACAGUCUACAAGAGUAACUGCCUCUUAACUGUUGUAACAGUAUCGCAGUCAGAAGGGUAAUAUUGACUGUCUGGGUCAAAUAUGGAUGAGCAAGAAUAAUUUUUAAACGUAAAAAUUAUUAAACUAAUAGCAAUUAGAUUAAACACUAAUAUAUAUAUAUACACACACAUUAUUUCUAAUGCUCCUACGUUUCUUGCCCCACUUUCUUUUCCUGAACUAAAUUCUAACUACUUCCUAGCUUUUUGCCAACAUAUAUGCCUUUUGUUUCACUUAACCCUCUACCAACAGGAAUGAUCUUUUCCAGUGUAACUCAGUUACUAAAACCAUUACCAAUUUAUCUUAUUUUUAGUUAAAUUGAGAGUCUCCCUCAUACAAUAAUCGAGUUUUAUGGAAGUAUGACACACAAGUAUUCACUCUCAGCUGACGGUCUCUCUUUUCCUAAUAAAGCAGUAGAAAUCCCACAAACCAACAAAACACCCCAAACCCAACCACCACCACUGUGGCUGACACAUAAUAGGUAAGGUUUCAAUGGGUGGUCAUGGAAUCUGUUGAAGCUAUUCUUGUAUAAUCCUGACCUUCUCAUCAAGAGAUUCAUAAAUACACCAGUGAUGUAGCAUGGCUGAGCCCAGAAACUUACUCUGCUUCCUAACUGUCCUAUCAGAAAAAAACCCCACAUCUUUAUAUCUCAUGCCUGUGGGGAGCAGGAGAAUAAUUUUCAACUUCCUAUGCAGCAUUAAGAGGAAGAAUACCUCAAAAACAUGUACAGUGAUUUGGUACAGUUUAUCUUGUUAACUCCAUGUUGUCAAAUAUUCCAAAGUUUAUGUAUUUACAUUCUUCAGAGUACCAGCCUGGACACUCGGAUGUGUUGUCCUGUCUGUGGUUCUCAUGACACUUCUAAUUGUGUGUGAAGUGCUCUGUAGCUAUUUGAGAAACCAAGGAACUGUGUGACAGUAUCAGACUCCAGCAGUGCAUGUGUGGAUCGGUACUUAAAUUUCCUUGAGUCAAUGACUAUGCAUAUCUUUUUAAUGUUCCUUCACCUUCAGUAGGAGCAAAUCUUUUUCAGCUAACAUUAACCCAGGUCCUUACUAUUCUGUGUUUCAUGCAUUAAGCAUGAUAGUGCUUUGACUGCAAAUAAUUAAUAUGGUAGCCUAGAACAGCAGAAGUACAUUUGUCUGUAAAAUAGCCUUGUUUGUAAAUAUCCUUGGAAGUGAUACCAGAACUGUAUUAAAGAAAUGUUUAGUUUUUUAUUGCUAUGCAUUGAAAAUUGAAAUUACUUCAGUGUGUCUGCAGAGAAGGAAAGUGUAGAUUGUGAUAGCACCUAGUAAAACAAAGAGUAACCUCGAUACCCAGCACGUGCGCAGUUUGGGGCCAGGUGCUGUACCUGGUGCAGCGUUUACCUCCUCCUUCCCAGCGCUGAUGGGGUUUGGGGGGAACAGAACAUCAGUUGCCACUAUAAGCUGAGCAGAGGGUUGAUUCACUGUGGUAGAGAAAACAUUUUAGAUGGAAGUGGCAUGUCCUUGUCCAGGCAGUCUUGGCCAGUUCAUUAGUAAGUGCUGUUCUCAGAAAUUCACCUGACUGUGGAAGACAUGAGAGAACUCUCCAGAACCUUGUACAUCAAAGACCGUUUCUUCAAUACUGGCUUAGAAACCAUAAUAAUAUUCUGAUCUGCUGAAGUGUUUAUGUCUGGCUGCCCAAUAGGUUCAGCAUGAUACUAUUAGGUUAAUUCCUGGUGGUUACUUAACAGCAGUUCUCUUGACUUUCCUGGACUGAGUUUUUGAUGCUUUAGACAUGUAGAAGCUCUAGUACAUGGAGCAUUAAUGUUGCAACUUUAAUGUUUAUUUUCCUUGUCUUUCAAGGCAGUAGAUACUCAGUAUACCAUUCCCAGUUUAUUUAACCUAGGAUUCUAUCAUUGCUGGAAGAAUGGAAUUUUAAAGCCAAUGACGUCAGCCUUGUCUGCAUGCCAGUGGAGAACCUUUAGCACAAAGCUUUCACUCCUCACCCUGACCCAUUCACCAGAGGUGAAUGAAAUGGGUCUCCGUGGAGGUACCUGCUACUUUACAUUUCUGCUGGGAAACACCAGGUUAGGAAGCUCCUUUUUGCCCCCCCUCGCCAUGUAAGUAAACAAGGAUAACUUGAGCUUGGCUGUAGUCAUCUGGAGCCCCGUCCCAUCUGCCAAAGGUGCAGGGAUCUUAACAAGAAGGAGCUGAGCCCUGAAAGUGUCAAUCAGAGGUAGUUUUUCACAGCCUGAAGAGGUUGGUAUGCGUAGCAAUGCUCACAGAGUUCAAAUUCACACUUACAGUGGAGGAGGGCCUUCUAGGCAUACUCUCACUUAAAUUUCUGUCUGUGCUAAUCUUUGGCUGUACUCAGUUCUCACUCAUACCUUACACUGGAGAUGUUCCCAGACACUUGGAGUCAGGUGGAAUAUUCUCUUUCUGUCACUAUUUUUUAAUGCUAACUCAGUCUUUAGCCCUUGAAGGACCUGGAGCUCUUGCUGCUCUGUCAUGACUCAGGUGGUGACCUCAGGAAUGUCACAGUGGCUGGUGGAUGAUUGCUGUCACUGUUGCAAUGCUGCCAGUAUAUGGGGCACUUGGUAGCAUUAACUAUGCUACACUGGGGGGCCGAAAGUGGAAUAAUUCCCUGUGCUGUCCUAGGCCAUGGCUGAAUCAACCCAAAUGCGAAUCCUUGGAGCACUUUAUCACAGGAGGAUUCAUGCGCUGCUGAGAGCCUGCGGCAGGAGUCACAGGACUGCACCAGCCCCACGGCGUUCUUACUGAACACGAAGGCAGGAGACCAGCCUUGCGAUGGAAACACCCAAGAGCCAUCCACAUGGAACUGUUCAGAGGAGAGCUUAAUUUCAUUACUCUGCUAAUCUAGUUGAUCUCUUCAUCCUACUUUAAUUCCAUUCUGGGGUGCGAGGGUUGUGGCUGCCAGACCAUGUGGUCACCAGGCUGACCAAAAUGCAAAGUUGAGUUUUAAUCCUCAGUUUCUGUAUUUUUCCUUUAAGAUUCAAGUUCACAGGAGGGUGUGACAAGGUUGCUGUGAAUAUCAAUGCUGUGUAUAUGGCACACUUUGUAAACGUGAAGCAAACCUGGAUGAAUGUUUUGUAUACCACCACAGUAGCACUGUAACCAUGCUCCUUUUUUUUUACUCUAAAUAAAUAAAUAAAGUACUUGUUUGUAA